AUGGUGCGAGAUAUAGCCAAUGAUCUGCUUGCUGAGCGCGGUGGAGAGCCUGUUGGCAAGCACUGGGUAGACAACUUCAAGACGCGUCCUGGUCCAUUAUACACGAGGGGCGACGAUCGUGAGGAAAAGGUGGCUCAGAAGACGGACAAGCUCACACCGUACGGUGUGGUUCAGUAUCUCGAGAAGUAUUUUGACAACGCUAUCGGGACUACUACGCGAUUUCGCUCGCUGACACCGUUCAUCUUCCUGCUUACCGACGUAGUUGACGAGUUCGAGGAAGAUGACGCCGUCAGUGUCGAUGGCGUCUACCGUGCACCGAUGGGUAUCAGAAGAUAUAAAGAUUUUAACCCGACGGUGACGGUCAACGAAAAGAUGGAAGAUGCUGAAGCCAACGUUGAGGAUCAAGGGGGGAGCUCGGAUGAUGAAUUCCCCGAAUCUGUCGAAGACGACAGUUGUUUUGGUUACCCGUGUACAAGGCGCAAGGUCAAGGGCAAUGCGCUUUACGUCGCGAAAAUCAAUCAUUAUUUAAAGGGACAGCCCACAUCAGACUUAAAAACGGACGAGCCGAUCGAGAGUAAAGAUAUAAACGACCACGUCAAGAGGAACGGGUUCCUGCCCAACGAGCUCUGUGAUCAGUCGGUCGGCGCUACGACGAUCAAUCCUUGGAGCAAAAAGUCUUCAGCUGUCUUCCAGGUCGUCGAAAUGCCCUGCAGCUAUCGAAAUGAGUACGGUAGAGAACUGAGCUCCAUCUGCGCUGCCAUGAGAUACUUUGGAGGCAUGACAAGCGACCUCGAGAAAUGGUAUAUGGAGGUCGGUGGACAUGAAGAGGCGGUAGGGCAAUAUUGA